AUGGAUAAGAAACUUUGCUUCGCAUUGGCUUUGACAUUGGCCUGCUAUUGGGUUGAAUCGGCGCCGAACGGUAUAGAAGAUUUGGAUUUCGACCGCUCAGACUCUGAUCUCUCCAAUGUAUCGUAUCGAAUUGAAGAUGAAGACCUUGAUGACUUCUCUAGACUUAUAGACGAUGCUUAUCCAAACACUAAAGCAAAUAAUAAUGCUAAGACGAAGGUAAAUAACUUUGGGUUUAAAAAGAAAAAUAUAGAUAGUAAGGGAAUUAAAUCUAAACAUAACAUUCAAGAUUUGAAAAGGUUUUUGAAGUCUGGUGAAUUACACGAUGAAGAAUUAUAUGAUAACGAUGAUGAGUAUACACUUAGUAAAGGUGCUGGCGCAAAAGCUAUCAGGGUCACUGGAAACGAAGAUAGAAAAUACAGGAAAGGGACAAAAACUCGAGGUUUUCAUCGUAUUCAACAUAAGGAUGAAUACAAAAAAGAUAAAGAGAUCUACGAAGACGAUGAAACCAGCGGGAUUAUAAAAAAAAUUGGAGCAAAAGGACUUGGUAUUAGGGUCAAUACUGGCAAGAGUUCAGUAAAGGUCAUUUUCAUCAUGAUCGUAAUAAAGGAUUGCAUGGGAAACAAGGAUACCUUGAUAAAGAGGUUUGCAACCUUAGUUGUUGCGGAAACUAUCAACUGUUGUAGAAAAACUAAGAAAUAUGACAACCAGGAGCAAAUACAAACAUUUAAAGAAAUGAUGAUUUUAAGUGAAAGCUUAGGACCGGACACUUUAAAAAUGGAAAGGAAUCCAAUAGCAUCAUUCAGAAGACGAUUCACAGCAUUAAUACCACCUCCAAUAAAUAUAAGUGACGAGACACUGAAGAGUAUCGAUAAUCAGAUGGCGUUCGCGUGUUCCCAAUUACAAUGUACUCCGAAAGAGAUUUUGUCACCGGUGUGUGCGUGUAAUUACAAUACAGGGAAUGUGUUGUCUUUCAAAAAUGAAUGUGAAAGUAAAAAACAUAAUUGCAGGUAUAACACAGUGUUCCGUGUUAUCCUAAAUGAAAUCUGCCCGUGGGAUUUUCAGUCAGGAAGAGAUAGCACAGCACCAUUUUUUAAUUAUGACUGUCCAAAAUAUUACAACUAA